GGGUGAACCCCCACCCCGGCUUGGGCCCUGGGGAUCCCCGCGUGACAACACUGCACGCCGUACAUGGGUUGCGACGAGGACCACUCGAUCGAGGCGACGGAAAAGUUGGCCGGCCACAGAAAGUUGACCAUCAACUGGAAAAACAAGGUUUUCUCCGUGUUGACUGGGAGUAGACUGAAGAGUCGGGAGAUUGCACUUGCCAAAGGCAUUGUGCACAUAAAAUGGAAAGACACGGGGGACGUGACAUCCAUCGCACCAUUCGGCAACGACCCUUUGGAGGAAGAUAUCAUGAGUGCAGAGCUGAAGGAAGCGGUGGCUGCCACAAAGAGCCACACGUUCGUCCUUGAUCUGUGUGAACCGGUUGACCUGAAGCUAUGGAAACCGCAAGCGUUCGAGACUUUGAAUUCCUAUCUUAAGACGUGGUGUCGGUCGCAUUGGACUCUCGUUGUUUUCGUGCCGCGGCAUCACAACCUCUCAUUUCUGGCCAGCAUGCACCAUCUUUCUUUCGUAAAGCUGCUGGAAGGGAAGUGGGUGAGGAGGAACCAGCAAAAAAAAAGCUUCCCCGUGGGGAACAAUCUGUACACGGAAGACGACUGCAUGUACAUCCUCUUCAAGGGUGACGAUCUGCGCGUUAACAUGUCCCUCGUCUACGCGGGAAGGCUGCCAAAGGGUACCGCUGCAGCGGUGUGGUUGCCUCAGAGGGUUACCAAGAGGGUUGUGUCGAAAAUUCCCUUCACCCCUUACGACUGGUCGCAGACCACGCCUAAAAGACAGGGCAGUGUCUACGGGGACAUGGAACACAAUCCGACACAAUUCGUCAGUGUUCUUGAUUUCGUUAGCAAGAAGGGAGAGGGUGUCGUCUUCCUUGGGAAGCCGCACGAGCGAAGCGUGUGGGAACUUCUGAAGUCCCUGUACUUCGUCGAGUCCGAGGAGGAGUUGAAGUUUGGCAGUUACACUUCCUUGAUCUCCACUGACGACGAGGCAGCCACCGGUGUGGAGCUCGAUGCCAACGCGAAGGAGGAGGAGAGCGACACCGAGAGCCUCGACCUGCAGUAUGACCCGAGGGUCUUCGUCGACCGGUCCGUCAACAAGCCCGGCACCCCUCGUGUCGCCGAUGGCCAGACCGGCGUCGGGCACCACGCCGAUGAAGUUGUUGGAGAGAUUGAGAGCUCUGGCCCCUUGGUUGCCCUCGACAGCCGCUCGGGCGGAACGUUGAAGUCCGCCGGGAUCCGAACUACGUCGUUUGAGGUCGCAAGAGCGGUCCAGCGUCUGCAGAGCCGCUCGGGGUUGGGGGAGCCGAGCCAGGAUCCCACAAUCGGCAGCGGUGUGGUGAGGGACGGAAAUGCGUCGCCUGAGCGGGAGCGACGACCUCUAGGAUUGCUGCGAGAGGCUACAAGUGCAGGGUCCGGUGACACGGAGACGACGAAGUCCACCGAGAUCCGAACUUCUUCAGGCGGGGGGGGUCGGCCAGGGAUUGUUGUGCCGCCGGGAGGGGCAGCAUGCACGGAGACAGAAGAAUGGUCGUCGGGAUUCAACACGGGUACCGGAGAAGGGUCUGAAUUGGAUGGAAGGGAAGGCGAGGAGGGAAUGGAGGAAGGGAAGGAAGGGGAAAAAGGGGAGGAAGAAGGGGAAGAAGGGGAGGAAGAGGAGGAAGGGAAAGAAACGAAGUUGAUUGAAUUGCUUGAAGGAAGAGAGGGUGCCAAAGGGGACGUGGGUAUUGGAGACGACGAUGGGGAGGACAGUGAGGACAAUGCCGGAUCUGGAGAGUCGUCUGACGAGUUCGGACAACUGUACGGAGAGCAUCACGAGGAUGAUGUCAACGACGAUAACACGACAAUGGAGAUGGAGACACAGGUGGUUAGCACCCUUUCUGCAGAGCCUGAAGACUAUGAGGUCCAACCACUGACGUCUGUCGUCGAUCUGCAACACCGCUUCGACAAGGCUUCCGUUGCUAUGAGCCCAUCUAAAGCAAGUCGCCAUAUAAGCAUUGAAGAAGUUAUCGACGGUAUCCUCGGUGACCAGCACGUGCCCGCACAUCCGUCCACAACGCCUGACGUUGACGACGCUCGCAACGUCAAAUCUUCCGUGGCAGUUGCCCUCGCUUUCUCGCCGCCAAACUCACCGGUACUGCGGGCCACCCUCGCUGAUGGAGGGGAAGGCGAGGUCAGGGGACGACAACAUGUCACGUCCCCUAAAAAAUUUAGGGUCGACACUCAAGCUCUCGACGUGCUCGUUUUGCCCACGCCAACUUCACCGACGAAGGAGCGGAGAGACAAACCGACUGGUAAGUUGUGAAGAACGCCACACUGUCUGCGCACCCAGGCUAACGUAAACGAGAGAGGGGCUUCCUUCGUAGUCCGGAUGUCGGCGGACUACAGUCCGCGCCAUACACACGACAAUUGUCCACACUGUCUGUCGAUACGGGAAGUUCCGGAUGCCGACAUACUACAACCAUCAGUCCUUCCAACUACAUGUCAUCGACGUUUCUGUGAGUCAGUCAGGUUGCUAGUCGCGGGCAGGGAAGAUUUCAUCGAAAACAAAACACUGCAUCAAAG